ACAAGUAACAACAACUAUCAUAAUCUUCAGCAUGUCUACCAUCUACCAUCCACUGGCCAAGUCCAUAAGCAGUAGAUUGGACGAAGGAUGCUUAACUCCUCAGAAUCCUCAGCUUGAGGCCAAAUCGCAAAGAAUUGCAAUUGCAACCAGCUCUAGUUCCCAUAACAAACCCAACCAAUUGGACAUUUUAUCUCCCCCAUUGUCGCCCUACCAGCGCACUGACUCCGUCGGCCCAGCUCCGGUGGCAGGCGACCAGGCUUUGAUCAGAAGCUACUUGCCCAACAAACCCUUUAGUUUGGAGAAUUAUAACAAUUAUGACUUGAAGGUAAACCCCUGGACUAACUUGAAUAACGACUACCGGGCCCGCCAGUUUGCGUUUUUGAAGAAGUACAGCAUCAUAAAGAAGAAGGAAACCGACCGGUACUUGAGGGAAAAGGCCGGGGCCAAAAAGAGAAAGUACAACACCAAUGGGUUUAUGGGCCAUUUGUCAGACCUGAACUCAAACUCAGAUAAUGGCAGCAAUAAGGUUAGAACCAGAAGAAUCAUCAAGGAGUCCAAUAACGAGUUGACUGACAAGCUCCCCACCCGGUCGUCAUCACCAGCUUCGUCUCCCAAAAAGAGGAAACCCAACAUUCAGCAGCAGCAACAGAGCUUCAUUGACGAGAACAUUCCUGACUACUCUCCAGAACUCAGUACGUUGCCCAACAACGCCAAGUGUAUGAAGAUUGACUGGAAGGGCCAGCCCAUGGACUUGUCGGGAGAUCCCAACACUCACAAGUUGCAUCCGGCUGAGGUGACAUUGGCAUCGGUGUUGAGAUUGCCAUGUAACGUUUAUUUGGACUCGAAAAGGCGGUUGUUUUAUGAGAAGGUGAACAGACUCCGGGCAGGCAUGCAGUUUCGGAGAACCGAUGCUCAGAAGGCUUGCAGAAUUGAUGUCAAUAAGGCAUCUAGGCUUUUUGCUGCGUUUGAAAAGGUUGGUUGGUUGGACGACCAUCACUUUGACAGGUACUUGUAGGACAGGAAUGGAAUCAGGUAGAUUCAGGAUAUUAGGGACACUUUGGGGUGUGUGCAUGUAACAUUAGUAUGUUUUCAUCGGUAAACUAUGGGUAUAGAAUCGGUAUAGGUUUGGUUUGGAUUAAUAUAUGUGCCAUAUAGGUAUUUGU